GGAGCUGGAGAAUGGCAGCGCAGGGAGAAGGAGCAAAGUUUUUACAAGCACAGAAUGGAAUUCCUUCAUCUAGUCCUUUAAACAGUGGGAUAGAUCAUGCCCAUGCCUGUACUAUUCUCCAGCAGCUCAAGACCAUGUAUGACGAGGGACAGCUGACAGAUAUUGUUGUCCAAGUAGAUAAUGGGCAAAAGUUUGCUUGUCAUAGAAAUGUUCUUGCAGCAAUCAGUCCUUAUUUCAGAUCUAUGUUCACCAGCGGCCUUACAGAAACAACCAAGAAAGAAGUUCAAUUAGUAGGAAUUGAAGCAGAGUCCAUGCAACUAGUCCUGAAUUAUGCAUACACCUCUAGAGUUCAGAUAACGGAAGGAAAUGUUCAGGCUUUGUUCACGGCAACUAGCAUCUUUCAGAUUGCUCCCCUCCAGGACCAAUGUGCUAACUAUAUGAUUAGCCGCUUGGAGCCCCAGAAUUGUAUUGGAGUAUAUAUUUUUGCAGAUUACUUUGGCCAUGAAGAGCUUAAAACCAAGUCUCAAGACUACAUUCGUAAGAAAUUUGUAUGUGUCACCAAAGAGCAAGAGUUUCUGCGUUUGAAGAAGGACCAACUCAUAAGCAUUUUGAACAGUGACGACUUGGAUGUUGACAAAGAGGAACAUGUUUAUGAGAGCAUAAUAAGUUGGUAUGACCAUGAACAAAUAACGAGAGAAGAACACCUUUCAGAGAUCUUUGCCAAAUGUGUUCGUGUGUCUCUUAUGGAAGAAACCUAUGUUGAAAAGAUCCCUCCCUUGUUUGCACAGGCAAUGCCCAAAAAUUACAUUGAAAAGGGACAGAUCAGUGCCAAUAAUUGUACUCAACGACUUGGGAUGACUGCUACUGAAAUGGUUAUCUGUUUUGAGGCAGCCAGUAAACACUCAGGAAAGAAGCAAACUGUGCCUUGUCUGGACACCUACUCAACCAGAGUAUAUAAACUAUGCAAACCACCGGGUGAUUUGAGAGAAGUCGGGAUCCUUGUAACUCCGGACAAUGAGAUUUUUAUUGCUGGGGGGUUCAGGCCAAACAACAAUGAUGUCUGCAUUGAUCAUAAAGCAGAGAAUGACUUCUGGUUGUAUGACCAUUCAAGCAAUAGAUGGAUACAAAAAGCCCCCUUGUUGCGUGGUCGGAUAGGUUGCGUCCUGCUUUAUUGCUGUGGUAAACCAUAUGCAUUAGGGGGAAGAGUUUACGAAGGUGAUGGGCGAAACCCAGUAAAAUCUGUAGAGAGUUAUGACAAUCGAGAUAACUGUUGGACAACUGUAAGUCUAAUGCCUGUGAUGAUGGAAUUUCAAAGUGCAGUGGUAUACAAAGAUAAGAUCUACAUUCCACAGGGUGAUGUUUUCCUUUGUUAUGAUCCUCAGACUGAUUACUGGGGUCAUCUAACACCGAUGACUGUAACUCGAUACCAAGGAAUGGCAGCUGUGUAUAAAGAUUCAAUCUACUAUGUAGGCGGAAUCCACUGUAAUCAUCGCAUGCUUACUGUUGAGGCCUACGAUAUUGAACAAAAUCUGUGGACUCAGAAGAGAGAUCUUCCAUUUGAACAGUCUUCAAAUCCAUAUGUUAAGCUUUUGAUCCUGAAGAAUAAGCUUCAUUUAUUUGUUCGGUUAACCCAAGUGUGUGUGGAUGAGUAUGUUUUCCGAACCAGCCGGAAGAAUUCUCUCUAUCUGUACAAUGAGGUUGAUGACAGUUGGAGAAAAAUCUAUGAAACGCCAGAGAGGCUGUGGGAUCUUGGCCGUCAUUUUGAAUGUGCCGUUGCUAAACUUUAUCCCCAGUGUCUUCAGAAAGUGUUGUAG